AGACAUCACAUCCGGGUCUGAGGUGGGAAAUAUCACAAAUCCGAGGCAGCAAUCUUGAACGCGGUAAUGGACCAAAUAGGCAGAAAACGCAAUGGCGUCAUGAAUAUGUCAAUUAGCGUAUAACUUAAUACUUUUCACGCAGUUUUCAGCAAAAUUAUAAAUAAAUCACGCUCGCCACUUUUAUUUUAAUUACUUAGCAUGACAAAAUUGGCGAGAACUAGCAUGAAACCAAGUAGCUAAAACCGAGCGGGCCUCAGGAACCGAACGCUCAGAACACAAAAGAAGAUAUUUUGAAGAAUGUUCUUUUUCGAAGCUUGAUGGUCUCGUACCCAUUCACUGUCGUUGUAUAGAAAAGAAGAACCAGGGCAUCUGCUCGACAGAAGAUCAACAGGUGUGGAAUGACAUGAGGAGGUCAUAAAGGCAGACACGCUCUCCUGACCACUUUCAUUGUUAAUAGCACCCUGAGGUCUGCUUUGGCUCCACUGAACGGUGAAGUCUGGAUGUACAGACCCAAGCUUCUCAUCUUCUCUGGUCUGAUGAAGCCGGCCGUGGACAUGACUCAGACAUGCAUGAGAUUCGCAGUAUUCAUGAGCGAGAUUCAUCAUCCGCCGAGUAACGCAGAAAUUCAACUGCCGACAGAGAGCUCACCUGCUGCGAUGGGCCAGCAACGUCUCGCUCAUUCAAAGACUGAUUUUCUCCGAGAUGAAAUGUUCACUCACACAGAACGAAAGUCUUAUUACAGGUCAUGGAGGGUUUGAAGAGCAAGACACGGAUCUUUUUCUCUGCGACACAAACACGUGCAAGUUCGACGGAGAGUGUCUGCGAAUCGGGGACACGGUGACUUGCAUCUGCGAUUUUAAGUGCAGUGGUGACUAUGCGCCGAUGUGCGGUUCAAACGGAGAGAGCUAUGAGAACCACUGUCUACUCCGGAAAGAAGCCUGUAAGCUCCAGACGGAGGUGCUGGUGGUGUCGGAGGGUGCCUGUCCUGUCGAUGCUGGCUCUGGAUCAGGGGACGAUGUUAAUGAGGGUUCUGCAGAGAUCAGUCAGAAGGAGACGUCAACAUGCGACAUUUGUCAGUUCGGUGCAGAGUGUGAUGAGGAUUCGGAGGAUGUGUGGUGUGUGUGCAACAUCGAUUGCUCCCACAUCAGUUUUAAUCCAGUUUGCGCAUCAGACGGCCGUUCCUAUGACAACCCUUGCCAGGUGAAAGAGGUGUCGUGUCAGAAGCAGGAGAGGAUUGAGGUCAAAUACCUCGGCCAUUGUAAGGAGGAGAAAGACCAGGUGAGCGAGGUACCGUGGGGCCUUUACAUCCCGUGUCCGGAACGAUAUAAGAACUACUGCGUCCACGGAGAGUGCGAGUAUCCUAGCAACCUCUCGCCCCCCACCUGCAGUUGUCAUUCUGGCUUCAUCGGGCCACAGUGCGACACAAAGGACUACAAUGUGAUGUACGUGGUUCCCGGGUCUGGAAAGCUCCGUUACGUUCUGAUCGCGUCCAUCAUCGGAGCUCUACAGGUGGCCAUCAUCUGCCUGGUUGUGCUCUGCAUCACACGAAGGUGUCCACGUGGGAAUCGGACGGGACGUCAGAAGCAAAGUGUUCCACACUUCAACUCUGAAAACACCCUGCGGGCCUCCACGAGACUCAUCUGAUGAACCCUCAAACCUGGAGUGACAUGUGCUAAAGACAGCAGAGGAAGGCCCCAGGGGAUUAUGGGAACACAGCCCCUUCAGACCGGUGACGCUGGAUGUAUAAGAAGCGAGACACGUCUUAUUGUUUCCUUUAGGGAAUAAACCGGGGACGGGCCUCAUGAGCUUUGGUUUCUCCAUCCAGCGAGGGGAUGUCAGGAACACUCCCAUCCCGGGGAUUUAAACAAUCGAGAAGAGUGGAGAGUGGACGGACGGAUUUUUUAAUUGUUGGAGGUGUGCCACAUGUUGCCUUGUAUUUGUUGUCUAUGACACCAUAAAAGAAAAGAGCCGUCCAGGCUGUCUUUGGUUAUGUAUUAUAUAUUUCAAAUAGGUUCAUAUUCUUGUGACGGUU